CGUAGGCAAUCAUGUGCAAUCGACUGUGUCACUUUUACAAAAAUGUCCUGUAUUUGCCAGUUCUAUACGUCCGGUGAGGUAGUUCCCGGAGACCUUGCGACAGUUCCUUUGCCUUUAACUGAUGAUAUUCCAUCAGGCCCAAGCCCCGCAAAAAAUGUUGAUAAAGACUUGUUAGAGACAAAGGCUUCCGAAUCUGGAGUGUCGGCCUCCGAUCUGGCCGACUGCCGUGCAGAAAAUUGGCUUCUAAAGAAGAAGUUACUGGAGUACGAGGUUACCAUUGAGAAUCUGGAGCAGCUGGUGACAACUAUAGUUGAGAAGCAGCAUCAAAUCUUGAGCGAAAUGUUUUACUUGCGAAAGGAAAAUCGAGAACUGCAGUCCGAGUGCCAUCUUCAACGCGAGUAUCACUCAAUGGAGAGGAAUGCCCUGAUGAGGGAGUUGCAUGACGCCCGGAGCUCGAGUCGAAGCCGAAGUUUUCUCUUGGGAUGCGGAUCUAAUGGAAGUAAAGGAUCCUCUAAUACCGACUGUGAAGAGGAAGAUAUCAGUGAAUUGGAAGACGAGGAUCACUGCGAAAACGGGUGCGACAGCAAUGAAGAUCAGGCCUUGGAUGCCGAUGAAAAUUGUGAAGCGCCUUCAGCACCAAGUUCGGGUGAACAUUCCUGUAGGACUUCUCCGUCUUCAUCAGACUCAGAGUCUAGUGACACGGAUGACAACACAUCACGUGAUUACAAAAGCAAUGAGGAUACCCCCAUCAGUAAUAGCGACACUGACUGACCGUACAAAAAGCAAUCACCUCCUUAAGCAUUUGAGUUUAUAUUUUUCUGAAGAAAUACAUUUCAGACUUUAAAAAUGAAUCCCUCUUGGGAAGGCUUUCUAACAUCACUUUAACUUUCCAUUUAUCGCAUUAAGUAAUCAAAACAAGAACGUGACAAUCGCACAAAACAAAUCAACAAUACGUUUACCAUGACGUGACGGUAGCAGUCUGUCAAACAGACAAAAACAAACGCAUCAAAUCAGAAAAAUGGAGAAAACCUGUGCAAAGUAUUUGCAUAUCAAAACGCUAAAGGGCUGUGCAAAAGCCAUAGCCGAAAUACUCUGAAGGCUGGUGCCACACAAAUAUGAUUGAAUGG